AUGCCGCUGCAGCCAACAUUGCCACCUCCCUCUCCAGAUGCACCGUCACCGAGCAUUCUCGUGCCAACACAGCACUCGCAGUCAUUCUUCGCGUUGAUUAAACGUCGCGGGAGGCAGCGGCACAAGAAGCUCGUGAUCAGUGGUCCGACGCUGGAGCUAAAUGAACCCGCAGCGCACCGUACAGCCGAGCGCGAACUGCGUGUGAAGAACAUCAUCAGGUGGUGCGAAAGCUUCGGGCAAAUACAGAAGGUGGACGAGAAGGAAAAUGGAAGUCUGCAUAUCCAUUGGAAGAAACGGCAAGUGGCUGAUACGGUAUGCUGCAUACAUGCGCAAGUGUUCAUCAAGGAAGUCGGUCGGGUCAAUCUGGCGUGGUCCUACAUCUGA